CAUUGUAUUCUCAUUGGUUUAUUUGGUUGUCAAUUUAGCAGCUCUAGUUGGUUUGCGUCAGGUGAAAGUCGUACGGUACUCAGCGGAGAAAAAGUUGUUUCGUUUAGAAAUGAAACGUUUGUCAACAUCUUCAAUUAUAAAUGUUGAAUAAUAAGAUUUACAACUUCAACAUCACCAGGUAAACAGCAGCAAUGAAGAGUCUCAAGUACCGACUGAAAAAGCAUGAAGUUACGCUCACAAACACAGACUGGAACAAGUAUGACGACCGGCUGAUGAAGGCGGUGGAACGGGGCGAGGUGGACAAGGUGGCGGCCGUGCUCAGCAAGAAGGGCAUCAUCCCCACUAAGCUGGACAUGGAGGGACGAUCCGCGUUCCACCUCUCCGCAACCAGGGGCCACCUGGACUGUCUCAAUCUCAUCCUGGGCCACAGCGUUGACCUCACAGCCACCGAUGCCACCGGUAAAAACGCCCUUCAUCUAGCUUCCAGAAAUGGCCAGUCGCUUUGUGUGCAGAAGCUAUUGCAGCACAACUGUCCUGUGGGGAAUGUGGACUUGCAGGGGAGGACAGCUCUACACGACGCUGUGAUGGCAGGCUGCUCCUCUAGCGUCAAACUACUGUGUGACAGCGGGGCCUCUGUAAACGCAAGUGAUUUUGAUGGGCGGACACCUCUGGUGCUGGCUACCCAGAUGUGCCAUCCACACAUCUGCCGGCUGCUGUUGGAGCGAGGGGCCGACAUCGCCAUCCGUGACAAACAGAACAAGACUGCUCUGACCCUGGGCUGUGAGUAUGCCUGUAAGGACGCGGUGGAGGUCCUUCUGAAGAGCGGCGCCGACGUGACAGCCGUGGACAGCUUUGGCCAUGACAGUUUCCACUACGCCCGCCUCAGCAAGAACCAGGAUCUGGUCAACCUUUUCAAGACCUACCUCGACAACGUCACCAAAGCAAAAGAAGCUGCCAAGAUGGAGCAGAAAAAGCGACAGCACUCAGUGGAGAUGACUGAACAGGCCGAAGCCAACGUGAGGGACCUGGAGAGACAGAACGAGAGCCAGCAGGAGACUCUGAGGAAGUUUCACCUGGAGCAGAGGGCUCUGAUGGACAAGGUCAAACUACUGCAGCAGCAGCUCAGUCAGGAAAAACAUACAGUUGAAUGCAUCCAUAAAGAGAGGGAACAGCUGAAGCUCUUACUGAGUGCCAAAGACAGGGAGGAGGGGGCUCGGGCCCCGGAGACUGUCAAGGUUCAGCUCAGGAGCCACAUGGGGGACUACUCUGGCCAGUCUGUUAUCAAAGGAAAAGACAAUGUCCUCGUCAAACAAUCUCACAGCCUGGAUUCAGCGCAGGUGCUGCAGUCGUCCGGUCUUUCGCACUCACUGUCCCGUCCCCUGGAGCUUGCGGGACGUCCUGGCGUGGGCUGGGACCCAGUCGAGGAGGUGGAGGCCCUGCGGCGCGAGCUGGAGACGGUGAGGAGGCGGCAGCAGACUGCCGAGGAAGAGGCUCUUCGUCUGCAGGCGGCACUGGCCCGCAAAAGCCAAGAGUGCCAAGAGCUGGCCCAGAGCCGGGAGACCAUCCAGCGGCAGGCAGACCGGCAGGUCCAGGAGCUGGAGGAGGCACUGGGGGACGUCCAGAAGAGGAUGCUGGACUCUGAAGCCAAAGUCAAGCAGCUCCAGGCCCACGUGGUGGCGGUCAAGGAGCACCUAGGAGGCCAGGCGGCCGACGAGCUCCGUGCCCAGCUCCACGAUGUCAAGGCCAAGUACGAGGGCGCCUCGGCCGAGGUGGGGCGCGUGCGUAACCACCUGAAGCAGAGUGAGAAGGCCCUGGAGGAGUACAAGAGCAGCGAGGGCCAGCUGGCGGUGGAGGCAGAGCGGCUGGGCCUGGAGCUGUCCGCCUUGCGGGAGGAGAGGGAUGAGCUGGCAGAGGCUCUGCUGGACAUGGAGGCCCUCAUUAAGGAGACCCAGGCACGGCAGGGAGAGAAGGUUGUGCCUGCAGAGAAGUUCGACAACAUGAAGAACCUGCUGAGCAAUGCGGUGGAUGAGAAGGAGCGUCAGCUGGCAGAGCUGCGGGAGGACUAUGACCGUGUGCUGGAGGAGGUGGCUGAGUUACACAGGGAAAUGGACAGCCAGCCAGCCCAGGCCGGGACAGGGGCGGUCCCCCUGCAGGAGCAUGAAAGGAUGAGGACGACCCUGGAGGAACAGAGUUCCUCCAUGAAGAGGAGGCUGGCGGACAUAACUGCCAAGAGCCAGGCACUGAUCCGCCAGGUAGAAGAGGGUGAGGAGGAGCGGGAGAUGCUCCAGGAGCAGCUGGAGGAGCUCAAUAGCAGGGUGGAGGCCAACUUCAUCCCCCUCAAGGCCCACGAAGAGGCCAAGAGCGCCCUGGAGAGAGCUGUGGAGGAGCUGGAGGAGAGGCUGGUGGAGGCCGCAGAAAGGAACGGCCAGGCCGAGGUGCAGAUCCAGAGGCUACAAACGGAGAGGGUCACCCUGUGUGAGAGCGUCACCAGCCUACAGAGUGCUACCGUGCCCUCCGAGAAGUUCCAGAGCGAAGUGGGUGCCCUGAAUGCUCGCAACGCUCAACUGGUGAAGGAACUGGAAGUGCUCCAGAAGAGGUUUGAAGAGAGAGAGAAGGAGCUGGCCCAGGUCACUGCCAAGAACCAGUCUCUGAAACAGAGCCUAAAUGGAGAGUACGUGUCCAGAGAGAAACAUGAGCAAGUGAAUACGGAGCUGAGUGCUGCUUUGGAGAAGACCAAGGCUGAGCUCUCCAAACUGGAGAAGGAGGGCAAAGAAAGUGAGGAAGAGUUGCAGAAGGUGAAAGAGGGUAGUGCAGAGUUGAAAGAGAAGCUGGAGAAUGUUCAGGUGAUGAUAGAAAAUGACUAUGUGUGCCUUAUAGACCAUGAAGCUGUAAGGGUUAAGUUGAGCAAUGCUGUUGUUGAGGCGGAGCAUCGGGCCAAAGAGGCAUUGGCAAGCUACCAGUCUGCCCAAGAUGGGACAGUAAAGCUUCACCAAGAAAUGGAGGCGCAGAAGAAAGAACUAGACACCAUCCAGGAAGCUAUCCAGGCCAAGUUUGUCCCGUUGACUGCCAUAAAGGAGAGGGAGAACUCCUACAACAUCAAGCUAAAAGACUUGACAGGAAAGCUCUCGGAGAUGCAAGAGAAGUACAACCAGGAGAAGUUGGAGGGGGAACGUCACAAGCAGGAGAAAGAGAAACUGAAAGUGCAGAUGGAGUCUGUGCAGCAGAGAAUGGAGACAGGCUUUGUCGCCAGUGAAAAGCACAAGGAAGUGGAAGAUGAGUACAGGGGUAAAAUGGAGGAGCUGACGCUGAGGUUGGUGGACCUGGAGCAGCAGUACAAAGACGUGACUGUGCAGCGGGCAGAGCUGGAGGAGCAGAACGCCCUGUGUAACACUGAUAUCCAGAGCCUGCAGCAGCGCCUGGAAUCCGAGUCGGCCCGGCUGGAACACUAUGAGGCCGAGCACCGAGCCCUGAGGGGCACCAUCCACCAAGCCCAAGACGAGUGCCAGAAAGCCAGGGAGGCCCAGCGUGGGGAGGCCCAGAGGGCCUGCGCCUUGGAGAAGGAGCUCCAGGGAUGCUCCGAGGACCAGGCCGUCCUCCUGCAGCAGCAUGCUCAGGCCAAGGAGGCCCUGGAGGGGCAGGUGGCCCAGCUACUCGCUUCCCUUCGCCAGGAGCAGGAGACCAGCGCCCAGAGGGCCCAGAAUGUGGCAGCCCUGCAGUCAGAGCUGCUCCGGGCCACCCAGGCCCUGGAGGAACUUGGAGGCAGAGAGGACCAGUUGAGCCAGCUGAAGUCCGAGAAACAACGUCUGCAGGAAGAGACGGCGGCGUUGGGUGAGAGGCUAUCUGGGCUGGCGGAGCAGUGCGAGGUGCUCCACCAUGAGGCGGCUCAGGCCAGGGAGGACGAGGGCAGGGCCAGGGAGGACAAGACCAGGGCCAGGGUUGAAACUGAGGCCCUGCAGGAGAAGAGCAACACCAUGGAUAAGGAGAUCCGGGAGCUGAAGGAGAGGUACGAGGAGUCGCUCAGCACCAUCGGGGAGUUCCAGAGGAGGAUCCAGAUGUCGGCGGAGCAGACCGAGGUCAAAGACAAGAAGAUCAGCGAGCUGUUGACGGAUGUGGAGAGACUGAAGCAGGCCCUCAACGGUCUGUCCCAGCUGGCGUACGCUGGCAACGCUGCACCCAAUAAGAGACAGAUGCAGCACAUCGACACACUCCAGGCCCAGAUCAAGAGCCUGCAGCAGCAGCUGGCUGUGAGUGAUGCUGAGAGUCAACACAGAGAGGUGGUUUCAAUUUAUAGAACUCAUCUCCUCAGUGCAGCACAGGGCCACAUGGAUGAGGACGUCCAAGCCGCCCUGCUGCAGAUCAUCCGCAUGAGACAGGAGUUUGUCUGCUAAAAGUCCAUUCAGCAACAACAAAACACUACCUGCUGACUCAAAUCCACCAUUCACACAGCCCCAGCUACAGAGCACCCCCCCGCUGUGGCCCCUGUGGGCGCCUGGCGAGUUGGAGUGUGUGUUGGGAUUGUGUGUGUCUGUGUGUGUGUGGGAAGAGAUCCAUGUUAGUAUUGAAACAUAAUCCUCCCUAUAUGUCUAGAUUGGUUUGUGUGUUUCAAUAGAACUAAGACCAAGUGUUGUGGGUGGACAUAGAUAUACAGUAGAUACAAGGUAAGGGUAGAUAGACAGGGUAAGGGUAGACGAUGGGUUGUACCUUAGCUAGGUGGAUAAACCUCAGCAUAGGUGAUGACUCAGUGGGAUACUGUAGCUGGUGACCAAUAGAAUGUACUAAUAUCAUUUGAAAACAUGAGCAUGAUGAACUGCCUAUGCAGGCCUUUCUCUUUCUGACUACUCUGUUAAGGCUUCAUGAAACAGGAUAUUCAAUGCCUAGCUGGCAAGUCUCUGAAAGGAAACUCUUCUUAGAUGGAAUGUAUGUACAUCUCCUCUAGGGCUAUAUGGGUUAGCAUGAUAUAGGGUAUUGUGUGGUGGGGUGAUUGGCCACUGCUUAGAUAAUCCUCCUGACGUCGCAGCCGUGAAACGGAUCUGAAAACACAAGCAGAAAAAUCUGCUGUUAACUCACAUUCCCCCGUGGCGAUCGACUCCCUCCCGUCUUUUCGUCUUCAUCUUUUGAGGUUCUAUGGUUAAUUCUAGAACCAUGCCCAGGUCAUUUCAAACCGGAACCCCCUGAAGUUACCUACUCAUUCAGUUUGGGAGCAGGACUCCUCCAUCUUGGGGCAUUGGGCAAAGCGACUGUUUCCCUAAAGGUCCAAACUUUAUCUUGAUUCUUUUCACUGAAUCGUACACUCCUCAAACAGUCUCUUUAAGCCAUUGACCCCACACAAACAAGGUGAAUGUGGGGCUCCGCACAUUCUGGAUUUGACUCGAGGAGUGUUUGCAAACAACACUAGCCCAAUCUUAAGACGAACCUUAACCUUAACCCCUACCAUGAACCUUAACCCCUACCGUUAUGGUGGUCACAGAUCUGAAGGAACAGGAUAGAGUCACUGUCUUAAACCUAUCACGGCAGCCUGCAUGUUGAUGACUUGGAGCAAUCUGCAUGUUGCUUACACCUAUCCAGUCCUCCUUCAGAUCGUCAAAAACACACCAGAGAGUCAGAGGCUGGGAGUUGUGGACAGGGGUUCCUAGUGUUUGCGGUGCAGUGUUUCCUGUUGCAGGAGCGAGAGUGCCCUCUAGUGGCGAGACUUGGCAGGCCAAGUUGACUGAUGUAUUCAUUUGACUAGCGUUUUUUGUGUCUUGUCGUGGUUCAUUUUAGUGGUGUCUGAGAAUGGAGCAAGUCUCUUCUGCCUUUACACUGAUAUCUUUUUCAUGGCUUUGUACUACUUUCAUUAAUAAACAACAUUGGUGUAACAAUAAAAUUCAGCAGGUCUGGAGUAGAAAGACACAGAACACCCUUCUUUAGGGAACAGUUAGGAUGUCAUUUUGUAGGGAUACUACGAAUCCCUCUAUUUAUAUGGAUUGAGAAGUCUAAUGUUGCGUCUGAAAUGGCACGUUAUUCACUAUAUAGUGCACUGCUUUUGACCAGGAGGUCUAAAGUAGUGCACUGUGUAGUAGGGAAUAGGGUUACGUCUGGGACACACGUUUGCUUAGCGUAACAAUAUGAAGAAGCUCAGUGAUGCUUUUGUCUAACAUGCUUUGCAAAGCAUAUAGAAAUAUAUCAUGAAUCAGUUUCCUACUAAAUCCUCUAUAUACUACUGCUAUCAAACAAUUAUCAAGUUACUAAAAUGUGAUUUCUGAAAUGUCAUUUUGAAAUGAACAUAAAACAGAUUAAUUUAAAAUUAGAUUAUUUUUGUUUUGUUUUUAUUUCAGGAUCAUGGAAUAAAUCUGUCUCCAAUAACAGAAUUUACAAGUUGAAUCCAGUUAUUUUAAAUCUAGACCAAUCUGUUGAAAUUGGUUUCCUUUUUUCUUCUUGCAAGGAUGUAUUUUUGUUUGUGAAUUAGUGUUAAAAACAUAAAUAAAAGUGCCUAACUUAGA